GCGCGGAUAGUCUAAAAAGGAAAAAUCGCGUUUGAUUUGGGGACGUAAAAGUUCUGUGGGCUUUUCAGCAUUAGCUGCGGUUUCGCUUUUGUCCUUUUCGGUGUGAGUUUUUCCACUGUUUUACUGGUGGUGCGUGUAUGGUCGUGUCCCGUGCGGAAUUCUGGCUGGUUGACGUCCUAAUUGAUCUGACCCCGCUUGCGUACGGUUGUUUGGGUUUUGCGGGUAAACUAGUAAAAUUGUUUUGCAAACCAACCGUACCACACCCCGAAACGGAGUGUUCCGAAGCAAAUUAAUCAACGCGUACUUGCUACGGAAGCAACCUAGGAUUGUGGUCGCCAAUGGAGCUGUGAGGGGAUGAAGUGAUGUGGUUCGCUGCUAUGUCACUGGCGGUGAGCAGUGUGUGUUUGUGUGGGAAGAAGGAAACAUGAUAACGCGAAAAACACUAGAAAGAUUUCCGUCGAGCUUCCGCAGCUGUGAGCGGAUGCUAUAGAAAACAACCAACCAUAAUCAUAAUAAAGAGAUUAAGUCGCCCCCAGUGGGAUGCUUCUUUUUUUUUUACUGACAACUUACAUUCGUUGGUUCGUGUGUUUUUCCCAGCUCGCCAACUGAGACGGUGUGGGUGAGACGAUUGGUCUUCCCACAAGUGCCCGGAAGAUAGCCGCAAUAAAAAUUGGGAAAUAAUUCGACGAAAAUAUUACAUUUUGGUUGUUCUGUUUAUCGGAGCAACGGUCGGGCGGAGAAGACCGUGGAAAAUGUCGCAGUAUAGUGGAUUAUGAUUAUGUGGAUACGUGGUUUGGAGCUUCAUAGUUCUGUGGUUUGACGAACGAAGUACAUCAUCGGUUGUUGGCGUCCCAAGCAAAACGUGAUUAUCUGAAUGGGUCGCUAAAUUAACGGAGAGGAUUAGAGAGGAUAUUUUCAAAUAUUUCGAAAAGUGUGUUACUGCCUCGUGCUUGUCGUUAGUGAUAUUUUUCUUUUUCAUUAUAAUUGAAGUUUGUGCUACUUGAUAAUAGAUAAUACUGUUCAAGGAUAUUUGGAAACGUGCGCGUAACGGGGUUCCUAGCUAAUAAUGUAUCAAAUCAAAGUGAUUUUGUCGCUGAUCUGGACUUUCUUGUAUUUCAAGCUAAUCCGAGCACUGCAACUGACGGAAAUCGUCGUACCGGAUGUGGUGGACGUUCGCGACACACCCACGCUGUCCUGUAGCUACGAUAUGGGAACACACAAGCUCAACUCGGUCAAGUGGUACAAAGACGAGCGGGAAUUCUUCAGGUAUUCGCCGUUAAUGGAACAGAAUGUGAUGAUAUUUCCGGUGGAUGGCGUUGCGGUGGUGCGGAAAUCGCCGGCCCAUUUCUGCAAUCGCUUCAUGUGCAGCAUCCAGUUGCAGCAGCUCAACAUCAAAUCGAGUGGUUCGUAUCGGUGCGAAAUUUCCGGCGAUGCACCCGAAUUCAAACUGACCCACGGGGUGGGAAACAUGAGUGUGGCAGUGCUGCCGCAGUAUGACCCAAUCAUCAAUGGCUUGCAGCAUAACUACGCCCUCGGAGACUUCGUGGUAGCCAACUGCUCUUCGGACAUGUCCAGCCCACCUGCUCGAUUGUACUGGUUUAUCAACGAUCGAAUUGUUCCUUCGGACUACCUUCAGCCCCAGCAGGAGACGACGAUUGAGAACGAUGGCUUCAUACUGCGCUAUCGGACUUUGGAGAUUCGGUUCCACAUUGACGAGGAUCGGCUAGGUAAAAUCAAGGGUAAACUAGCACUCAAAUGUUUGGCCCGGAUCGAUUCAAUACCGCAGGGGACACGGGAGUCCACGCAGGUCAUUUACAUUCCGAUGACCGACGAACUGAGAAAUCAGAAGCUGAUCAAUUGGCGCAGCUCGGCGCAAUCUCUACAUCGUCAUCGGUCCUAUCAUCAUCAGCUGCAACUGCAGCAGCAGCAAAUGUUCGUAUCGUUGCUGGCUCUAUCCCUGCUGGUGAUAACUUUAUUUGCCCUGUAAAGUCCAAUCUAAGCU